AUGUACUUUAUUCUUCGUAUCGCUAGCUUGAUGGCCUUAAUUGGCUAUGCUCAAGCUGAUUUCGCAGUUGGCACUUCUGCAUCUCAAAUGGGAAUUGGAGAAAUCGUUCCUGAUACUGGAGGUGACAUCUAUAACACUGAUGCAGUCGCUGUAUCAUACCCAGGCGGCUGCCUCGACAACGUCCAGCAAUUCGAGUGUGUUUCCGAGAGAUGCCUUAUUGAAGGUUUCUUUGAAAUCCGAGGGCUGAAGACGGAGGAUCAAUACGGCUUUAACUGGAAUGGCGAGGGAUGGGAGUUCUCACAGAAUAGCGAGAUCUUAGGUUUCUGUACCAAGAAUGACGAUGAAGGAUGCACCAAGACAGGAGUAAAUUACUCACUAGGGUUCUUCUCACACAUGCUUUGCACCGGCUCUAUCAACUCCGGAUUCUAG